AUUUUCACCGAGUGUGCGUGAGAAGUUCGAAAAAUUUUGAGAGAUCCAAUUGCCCUACCGUUUAAUUCUCGUUGUGGCCAUCUAGAUGAACUCAGUUGAACAAGGUGCCCUUCUCCUCAAAAAACAGCUUGCAGGUAUACGAUCUAUUUUAGUCCUUGCUCCCAAAACCCCGGCAUUUCAGUUCGAUGUUUCUACCAAUCCAAUGCAUACUCAUGGCGUCGUUUUCUUUCUGAAGAGCUCGACAAGAACCCUCCGGAGGGCUUUUCUGCUGGCCUUAUAGAUGAUGAUAAUUUGUUCAAAUGGGAAAUAAUGGUGGUAGGACCCCCUGAUACUUUCUAGUAAGUCUUAUUUUUAUAACUUUGCACUCGUGAUUUGUGAUACAUACACUUUGUUAGCCAACACGCACUUAUACGUAUUCAUCAUCCCCCUAAUAUGAUGCGUAACACUAAAAUUUGUCGUUUUGUUUACUAUUUGUUAUAGUGAGGGAGGUCUGUUCAAGGCACACUUGUAUUUUCCUAGGGAAUAUCCGCAAAAACCACCAAAAAUGAGAUUUAUAUCAGAAUUCUGGCACCCAAAUGGUAGGUACUUAUGUAGGUACGAAUUGAAGAACAUGUAUGACUUCCCAGGACACGUUGUUUUGCUCUUUGUUUUGUGUCGUAAUAGUGUUUGUUAAAGCCAUUCUUGUCAUCGUCAUAUUGAAAAUAAUUUUUAAAGGUAAGUUAGUGACAGAUGAAGCGUUUUGAUGUAAAUUCUAUCAACGGAGUGCCUCACCUUUGGAAGAAUUAACUUGAUUUAAGCAAUGAAACAAUGUUUUUCACCUUGUAAGUUUUCCCUUUGAUGUAGUAUUUUUUAAUGUCAUGAUAAUUCAAGAACAUCAGGCGAUAGAUUCCUACGUUGAUCACAAGUUUUCUUACAUCAUUUCUCCUUAACUUUAAGUUUUAUACCUCCUAAUAAUUCCCUAUGUUUAACCAGUAGAGAAUAGCUAACAAAAUUAGUUACUAACUUCAAUAAGGAACAAUCUUAUUGGUUAGCUAUGAGUGAAUAAUAGAAUGUAAAUUGAAACGCAGUGACUUGUAGUUUUUGUCUCUUUGUAGUUCACAAGGAUGGUGAAGUUUGCAUUUCUAUUCUUCAUGAACCUGGUGAAGACAAAUAUGGCUAUGAGAAGGCAUCAGAGCGCUGGCUUCCAAUCCAUACUGUUGAAACAAUCUUGAUAAGUGUUAUCUCCAUGAUAUCAGAACCCAAUGAUGAAUCCCCAGCUAAUGUGGAUGCUGCAGUAAGUAUAACUCCUUCAUCUGUUCAAUGAAUUGCAGUUUUUCUGCAACUUUUGUUUAGAUAUAUGUUUUUUUGUGAAACAGGAUAAUUAAUAGGCAAUUAUAGUUAUCAGAGUUGUUAGCCUGUAGAGCAGGCGUAAUUUUGGCCAGCAAGUGCGAAAUUAUGGUUCCCAUCUUUGAUUUUAAUGGCAGCAGAAGGCAGGGUAGGGAAAGAAAUUUGUACUAAGGAGGCAGUUGAUGGUCAAAAAUAAGGAGAGCUGUGGGGUUGGGGGAGUGAAGAUUACACCUUCCUGAGGUUAUUGUUAUUUUGCAAAACUCUUUUGGCCCACGACCAGAGUUCCUGAUUGGUGCUUUAAGCUCCAGCUGUCAAUCACAAGCCAAAUGUGUCAUUUGGACAUUGUGCUCCUACAGGAAAAUGUGAAAGAUGGCAAACUCUGUAAAUGGUGAAUUUGUUAUUUUCAAUUAAUUGCACUCUUGAGGAAGCUCUAAAGUGUCUUUUGGAAUAUUAAAAUAUGUCUCCUGCAUUAAAAUCAGAACAAAAAGAAGCAAUUUCUACACUGGCUUUGAGACUAGCCUGAUACUUCACAUGUUGGUUUUGUAUGAAAGAAAUUAUGACAGGGAAACCUUUAAGUGUAGUUGUCCUAGUUUGCCUCAGCCACAGGCUGCCUAAGCUCUAGCUGUGAGAUGAUCAUGUUGCAAAAUAAUGGUCAUGGUGAAAUUAUAAGAGUUUGUAUGGGAAUAUUUACGACCACUCUUAAGAAUGAAAAAAAUAAGACAAAUUCUCAAUAAAAAUACCUCAUCUUACUUCCAUGGUGCAUCACUAGUCAUUUGACUGCUUACUACGUUGAAGGAAACCCAUUCUAGCGAGUUUUCCAUUGUUAGGUUUUCUAUGUACAUAAGAAAUGCCGUGAUGCAUAACUAAUCAGGGGGAGUUUUGGUUUUUAAAAGCAUCUUUGGGCAGGUGUCUUUUCACCCAUCCCCCGCCCCCUACCCCUACUGUCCACUCUCACUCCAAAUCAAACAUGGCUGAUUGGAUAAAUGGUUGCCAGCCUAUAACGUUAGCUCACCCUAAUAAGAUGUCUGCAGUGCAGGCUACAGAGUUGCAAAGUAACAUAACCAUCUUGAUACUAGUAAAAUUGUGGUUAAAUCCAUCAACAAUACUGUGAGAUAAACUAAUUAUAAUAAUUUAAUAUAAUUGAUUUAUGUGAGUAAGACUGUGUCUUGUUUUGUCUUGUUUGUAUUCACCCUUCUCAUACCUUCUUUAAGAUAGUGUUAGACCAUUAACCCUUUAACUCCCAUGAGUGACCAAGAGAGAAUUUCUCCCUAUGAUAUUAUUACAAUAUCAACUAGAGAAGUGAUGAGAAUAAAGAAAAAUAUCAAUUUGGGGAUAAUUCGUUGAUCCAAUAUUAUAAGAAUUGUAUUGUUGACAGUGAGGAGAAUUACCAAUUUGAUCUGGGAGUCAAAGGGUUAACAGCUUUUGGCCAGUACCAUACAUUCAGACUGUAUGAAGUAAGAUGGUGACUGUAGUGUAUUAUUGAGGACAUGCCAGGCCCCUGAUUUCAUAUACAAGGCAGCAAACCUUGAAGUUUUCCAUAAUAAGCAAGCAAAGCUAGGUUUGAAACUUUUAGAAGGAUACAGUGUAGUUAUUUUUUUUGCAGAUAUCCACUUGGAAGUUUUAACUCUGUUCCUGUUUUAUUUUGCAGAAAGAUUGGAGGGAAGAUUACAAUGGAGUUUUUAAGAAAAAAGUAAAACAGUGUGUACGGAAAAGUCAAGAAUUUUGACUUCUGAAGAGUUUGUAGAAUGUUAUUGCUUCUGGAGUCGACUCUAAAAUUUGAUAUUAGUUAUUCCAAUAUUUUCUGUUACAAGUUCUUUAUCAUUAGCAGGGUUUUAAAGGGUUAUGUAUCUACUAGCACUCUUGUGAGCUGAUUACUGCUGUUUAACAAAUUGAAAAAUAUCUCAGAUUUGAUAAGAAAUUGAUAAUAAGGCAUUAAGUGUGUAACUUUCUUGUAAAAUUAUUCAUUUGGAAGUGUAGGAUAGAGGUUAUGAAAUAUUAAUGUUUGCAUGUACAUUGUAUCUGUUCAUGGUGGUAUACGUUUUUUCACUGCUUAUUGUAUAUUCAUUGUUAUGAAGCAGUAUGUAGCUCACCUGCUUGGGGCUUGCUUACAGCACAUCAUUUUGAUGCCAACAAGUAAUCUAGAUUCACACCUUGUAGUAACAAGAUGGUGAAGCCACAUGAAUAAUAACCCUUAAUUUUUUAUUGACCUAAAUUUGAGCAACGUAAUGACAGAUAUAGAAUAUAAUGACAUGAGAAGGCUUAACUCCAUUCUUUGUCAUCAUAGUUACUGUGUUACAUAUUAAAUUUGUUUUCACAAGAUCAAUCUGGCUUUAUAAAAAUUGUGGGUACACGUUGGAAUAAGAUUGUAGCCAAAAAAAAUCAACAAAAAAAUUCUGCCAUUUGCAAAAUCUCUCAAAAGUUCUCUGCUGAACAAAAGAACCUUGACACUAAGUGACACCUACCACUUAGUGCCCUUUUUUUUUUACAUUCUGUGAAAGAACACUUUCCAAUUUUCAAGAUAAUGGUCUACAACACACACAUUGCAAUAAAAAAAGAAUCUUAAGGCAACUUUACAUAUACUAAUAAUUAAAUAUAAUAUUGAUUUGUUUGCCACUUGUAACAAAAAAAUAUGAACUGUUUAUUUCUUUAAUUACUAAUAUGAAGAUAUUAUAAUAUUACAAUAUUUGAUUAACUUGAAUCCAGUUUCAUAAUAAUGCUACAUUGUAAUUAAAAAUAAG